AUGAACCGGGAUAAAAGACAGACUGGAUCAGAUUCAUACUCCUGCUUUCAGCCCAGUUCACUAGCCUUUGCUAUAACUCGGUCCACUAUCACAAUUCGUACAAUAAAAGUAGGAAAAAACUGUAUAAAUGGCCAGCAUAAAUUAUAUAUUCUGUCAAAUCAAUCAAGGUUGUUGAGCAGAACUAUUGAUAAUGCUCAGUGCAUGUUUGACCAGCAACAGACCAAUAUUCAUGGAGAUAUCGGUAGAGGGAUAGAGAGUUACACAAAACAACAGGGAUUAGUCCAGCAAACAUUAAUCUGUUACGGUCGAUAG